UUCCGAGCGAUCGUAGUUAGUCGGAUUCAGAACGUUACGAAGUGCACAAGGUAGUAGUUCAACAAGCGUGUGUUACCAAACAGAGAUAUCUUAGUUCGGGAUGUUGCGCUUAGCUCUGCUCGGCGUAGUGGCUUUCGCUGGUCUGGUAUUCGCAGCGAAUCCGAAAGCCGUUGACGAAGUGCUCAAAUGGCAAAAAGUGCAGUUUGAUCUCCCAGAAAGUGUAACUGCAAAUCCGGAUGGCUACAUCCCAAUCAAUAACAUCCCGAUGAGUGGCGUGCACUACAAAAAUCGUGUGUUUGUCACAGUUCCUCGCCGACGGUGGGGGAUUCCGUCCACCCUGAACGUGGUAGACAUCGCGCCCCCAUUCCCCAACACAAAUCCAGUUCUGAAACCGUACCCGAGCUUCGAACUCAAUGAACUGCGGACAGAUCUGCAACCAGAUGCUAACCGAAUUGUGACCGUCUACCGCCCACGUGUGGACCGUUGCGAUCGGUUGUGGUUCAUCGACACUGGGAUGAUGGAAAUCCCGGGCAACUUCACUAUCGUGCAACGCCCAUCAAUCUGGGUAAUUGAUCUAAAGACGGAUACCCCCAUUCAUCGAUACGAAAUUCCGGCGAAGGACGUUGACAGUGGCUACGGACUGACUUCCAUUACCCUCGAUGUUGAUCCGGACGAUUGCGAGAAAGUGUUCGUCUACAUUUCUGACCUACAGACGUAUCGAAUGCUAGUCUAUGAUCACCAGAAUCAAAAGUCCUGGCGUUUCUUACACAACUAUUUCUUCUUGAACCCUCUGGAGGGCGACUUCCGCAUCCAAGGCAUUCCAUUCUCCUGGGACGACGGUAUCUUUUCGAUUGCGCUGAGCAAUCCAGAUCCAGUUUCCAAGUUCCGCACGGCAUAUUUCCAUGCCCUUUCCAGUAACUCUGAAUUUACCGUCUCGACUGCGGUUCUGCGCAAUGAAACUGCCGCUCGACGAAGCUACCACGGUAAUGAUUUCCAAUUGCUCGGAUAUCGCGGUGCUCAAUCACAAUCCAGCAUCCAUGCGUUCGAUCGUGAAACCGGUGUGAUCUUCUUUGCACUGAUUCAACAAAACGCUGUCAGCUGCUGGGAUACUAAGAAACCAUUUGCCCCCCAAAACAUGGCCAUCAUUUACAAGAAUGAUGCCGAUAUUGUCUAUCCGAACGAUCUGGCGAUCGACAACGAUGGCUACGUCUGGUUCAUGUCCAACUCGAUCAUCAAACUGCUGUACACUCAGCUGAAUUUGGAUGAAUUCAACUUCCACAUAUGGCGUGCCAACAUCAAGCAAGCCAUCAAAGGUACCGUUUGUGAUCCGACCAUUCGGGCCAACGUAGAUGCCGUUCAACGAUUCGGCGAAAGCACCGGCGGUGAUCGUGUCACAUUCCUCGAGUACAAGGACAAGUACGGUCCAGGUGGUGGCCCCUUCGGGGGCUGGGGACAGACUGAGCAGAAGCGCCCCGGUCGACCGUAGUGUAUAGGCGAGAACAAAUAAGACGGGAAUUUACGAAUGGCACGCCGAAUGCAGACAUGGGACGAAGAAUGAUGCGUAUGGAAGUAAUAAAUGAUUUCAAACUGUCA